UGUCGUGGGCUGGAUUUUCCCUUAAACUGCCUCUCUGGAACCAGCCCCUGAGAGAUACUUGAGCUGAAGCACUUAGCAAGACGCUGCUUCCGAAGCUUACGGAGAGUCCUUCUGUGCUUACUUUCCUUUACCCGAGCGCCGGCAUGGAUAUUUAACUUAACACGGAAAGCGAGUCGAUUUGGGGGAAAGGAAAACAAAAAAAUGGGACCAUGGGGAACGUCCUUCCCCGGGGGCACAAGCCCCCUGUGCAUGAGUGUGAACCUCCAAGAUGUCUCUGAGCAAUGAAAAGAAGGUGAAUACCUCGACAUUGAGGAAAAUAGCAGCCGACAUGAGCAACAUAAUUGAAAGCCUGGACACGAGGGAGCUCCACUUUGAAGGGGAGGAAGUAGACGCUGACACGCUGCAUGACCCAAAAGCGCCUGUGGGCAUUCCAUUCUCCGCCAUUUAUAACACUAGAGGAUUUAAAGAGGCUCAUAUACAGCUCUACUUAACCGGGUGUCCGAUCCGAGUGCACGUUUUGGAAGUGGAGCGCUUUACCUCUUCUACAAAGGUACCUUGUCCGCAUGUUUACACCGUUGAAUUGACACAUGGGGAAUUUACAUGGCAAGUGAAAAGGAAAUUCAAGCACUUUCAAGAGUUCCAUAGAGAACUGCUAAGAUACAAAGCUUUUAUACGGAUUCCCAUCCCGACAAGAAGACACACGGUCCGAAGACAGACCAUCAAAAGGGGAGAAGCAAGGCAAAUGCCGAGUCUGCCACGCACUUCUGAGAACAUGGUCAGAGAAGAACACCUGUCCAGUAGAAGAAAACAACUGGAGGAUUACAUAACUAACCUCUUGAAAAUGCCUUUGUACAGGAACUACCACGGAACGAUAGAAUUCAUUGGUGUAAGUCAGCUGUCAUUUAUCCAUGAUCUAGGACCAAAGGGCAUAGAAGGCAUGGUCAUGAAAAGGUCUGGAGGUCAUAGAAUACCUGGCUUGAAUUGCUGUGGACAAGGAAGGCUGUGCUACCGGUGGUCCAAAAGGUGGUUAGUAGUAAAGGACUCUUUUUUACUGUACAUGAAGCCUGAUAGUGGAGCCAUUUCCUUUGUCCUGCUUGUAGAUAAAGAAUUCAGCAUAAAGAUUGGCAAGAAGGAGACAGACACGAAAUACGGGCUACGAAUAGACAAUCUCUCCAGGUCACUGAUUUUGAAGUGCAACAGCUACAGGCACGCUCUCUGGUGGUGCCAAGGUAUAGAAGAAUUCAUUCAGAAAAAUGGCAAGAACUUCCUCAAACAUCACCGAUUUGGUUCUUAUGCAGCCAUUCAGGAGAACACCCUGGCAAAGUGGUACGUGAAUGCCAAAGGGUACUUUGAAGAUGUUGCAAAUGCCAUGGAAGCAGCCAAAGAAGAAAUUUUCAUCACUGAUUGGUGGCUGAGCCCAGAAAUAUUCAUGAAGCGGCCCGUUGUGGAAGGGAAUCGCUGGAGACUGGAUUGCAUUUUGAGGCGGAAAGCUCAACAAGGGGUUAGAAUCUUUGUGAUGCUCUACAAAGAAGUAGAGCUUGCUCUUGGCAUCAACAGCGAGUACACCAAGCGCACUUUAAUGCAUUUGCAUCCCAACAUUAAGGUAAUGAGACACCCAGAUCAUGUGUCGUCUACGGUUUAUUUGUGGGCCCACCAUGAGAAACUGGUGGUCAUUGACCAAUCCAUAGCUUUCGUUGGAGGCAUUGAUUUGGCUUAUGGACGGUGGGAUGACAAUGAACACCGACUGACCGACGUUGGCAGUGCAAAACGAAUGACAGCGACCAAGUCCGAGUCUUCAGUGAAUCUCCCUUCUUUAGCUGAAACAGCUCAAACAUUGCAAGAAAACAGUGAUGAUGCCCUGGAUCCUUCGAGAAUGAAAGGAAUAGGGAGACCCAAGAAAUUUUCCAGGUUCAGCAUCUAUAAGCAGCUCCACCGGCAUGGGCUAUACCACGCGGACAGCGUGAGCAGUGUAGACAGCGAGUCAAACAGAGGCUCAAUCCGCAGCUUGAAGACAGGUGUUGGAGACCUUUUUGGUGAAACCAGGUUCUGGCAUGGAAAGGAUUAUUGCAACUUUGUCUUCAAAGAUUGGGUCCAGCUUGAUAAACCCUUUGCUGACUUCAUUGAUCGCUACACAAUGCCAAGGAUGCCGUGGCAUGACAUCUCCUCGGUGGUGCAUGGUAAAGCGGCACGAGAUGUAGCUCGGCACUUCAUUCAGCGCUGGAACUUCACAAAGAUCAUGAAAUCCAAAUACAGAUCCCUUUCCUACCCUUUCCUGCUGCCAAAAUCUCAGACAACAGCUGAUGAGUUGAAGUACCAAGUCCCUGAAGCUGUAUGUGCCAAUGUUCAGGUGCUCCGCUCUGCUGCUGACUGGUCUGCUGGGAUCAAGUACCAUGAAGAAUCCAUCCAUGCUGCUUAUGUGAGCGUGAUAGAAAACAGCAAACACUACAUAUAUAUAGAGAACCAGUUUUUUAUUAGCUGCGCCGAUGACAAAGUGGUAUCUAAUCGGAUUGGUGAUGCCAUCGCACACCGAAUUCUCAAAGCCCACAGGCAAAACAAACGGUACCGAGUCUACGUCGUCAUCCCCCUGCUGCCAGGAUUUGAAGGGGAUAUUUCAACAGGAGGAGGAAAUGCACUGCAAGCAAUCAUGCACUUUAACUACAGGACCAUGUGCAGAGGAGAUAAUUCGAUCCUGGGACAGCUGAAAGCCGAGAUGGGAGACCAGUGGAUUAAUUACAUCUCGUUCUGUGGGCUUCGAAACUACGCUGAGCUGGAUGGGAAGCUUGUCACAGAACUGAUCUACGUCCACAGCAAGCUGAUGAUUGCAGAUGACAACACCGUCAUCAUCGGCUCUGCUAACAUCAAUGACCGCAGCAUGCUGGGGAAACGAGACAGCGAAAUGGCCGUCAUCGUACAGGACACGGACACCGUGGAUUCCGUGAUGGAUGGGGAACCCUACAAAGCCGGAAAAUUUGCUCAGUCUCUCCGCCUUCAGUGCUUUAGAGUUGUUCUGGGCAGUUCAGCAGACCCUAAUGAUAUCCAGGAUCCUGUCUCUGACAAGUUCUUCAAGGAAGUGUGGAUUUCAACAGCUGCACGCAAUGCUACUAUUUUUGAUAAGGUCUUCCGAUGCCUUCCCAGUGAUGAAGUAAAUAACUUAGCCCAGCUACGGGACUUCAUCAUCAAACAUAAGCUUGCUUGCGAGAAUCCUGCUAAAGCAGCAGAAGAACUCAAGAAGAUCCAUGGAUUUCUAGUCCAGUUCCCCUUUCGCUUCUUGGAUGAAGAGAAUUUGCUUCCAUCUGUUGGAACAAAAGAAUCCAUGGUGCCUAUGGAGACUUGGACUUAACAAGAUUCCCCUUGUGAUGGAUUGUAGAAAAACCGGGCUCCUUGGAGACCUAUGUAAUGGAUUGUGGUUGCAUGGGACCUUUUUUGCCAUAAGAAAAGUGUGCACCAACCCAAAAGUGCCUUUUGAUGGAAGAAUUUCAGAGAAAAAGAGAGUGUAGCAUGGGGGGGAUAUUGGGAACAACUGAUAACUGACAUACUCUGCUCAUUGAUUUUUUUUUUUUUUAAAGAGGACUAUCUUUAAGCACCCAGGGAGUUAAGAGAAUGCAAGCCACUUUCUCUAAAAGACCACAAAUCAUAUUUCAAGACACUUCAGUUAUUCUAUGUGUGCUUACUCUAUAUGGCUGGCUGUCUCAAACAAAAAUCAGAAACUCUUUACCAUUAGUAACUGGGAAAAUACAUCUAUUUACAGCAUCUAUCUUUUAUGCCAGGAAAUUGGCAUCAACAGUAGCUAAGGCUACAGCUUAUAGGAAUUACCUCUUGUACCAGGCAAAGUGAAUUUGCAUCCAUGUGUCCACUUUCAGAGCAAUGCACUGAACACUUAGCUAUGCGCUGUGAAUUUGCAUGUGCUGCAAUUGAGAUGAUGUGUCUACAGUGGUUUGUAGGCUAUUUGCGUUGGCUAAAAUCUUUGAUCCUAGGUUAUCUAGCUAGAGCUCCUUCUUUUCUUAACUACUUUCUUUUUGUAUUCUGUAAAUUGUGUAACAACCGCUGAGAAACACUGCACGACGCCACUUUGGGCAUGAUUGUGAUCGCUAUCUAUUGAGUAGAUCGUAAAAGUUUGCACAGAGCUUCUCAGCCCUUUAGUGCCAUAUUUAGAACAAGAAAUACUUCUAGUCUUAGAGUGCCUGCAUGUUGCCCGUUACAACAAUAUGUGUUGAAACCUUCUGAAACAGUUCUGGAAGACUCACUACUUGUUAGCUUCCCCAGUUUUAUGCACUGGGUAGCAUUGAAAUGUGUUUUUAUACAUAGAUGGCCAGGAUGCACAGUUUGUUUUUUCCUCACUGCCAAGAAAAUCCCUUUUCUCAUGUCUAGAGUGUCCACAGCCAAACAGGUUACAAUUUACUAAGAAAUACUUGAGGUUUUGAUGAGUUUAUGGAGAAACCCAAUUCUCUUUUGUUCCGCUUUCCCCAAAGAAUGUAAACCAUAUAGCAGAAAAAUUAUACCACAUAGCAUGAAAGGUAUACAGAAGUAAAAUUAAAGAGUGGAGACCAUGGUACAGUAGUUUGCAUUCAGGACAGGUUCAAUCCCUGGCAUCUCAAUAUUAAAAGGAUUCAGUUGCAAGAGAUGGGAAGGACUGCUGUCUAAGACUCUAGGACAGCCUUCUCCAACCUGUGCCCUCCAGCUGUGUUGGAUUACAGCUCCCAUCACCCCGGCCCGUGCAUGAAAGGCAUUAUCAUGCAACACAUCUGGGGGGCACAAGGCUGAGGAAGGCAACCCUAGAGCAAGGGUCAAUGGAAAGUAGAUCUCUUCCGCUUCCAGCAUUCAUGACCAGUGGCCAUGCUGGCAGGGGCUUCUGGGAGCUGAACAUCUGGAGAUCUACUUUUUCUGUUGUUCCCUGCCUCAAUCAGGAUGGAGAGGCGGGUAAGAAUUAUUAUUAUUAUUAUUAUUAUUAUUAUUAUUAUUAUUAUUAUUAUUAUUAUUCCUGCCCAGCCCUGCCCUAAAGAACUGCUGUCAGUGACAAUAGGUAAUAAUGGGCUGGAUGGACCCCAUAGAAGGUAUCUUCCUAUGUUCCUAAAAUCCAACACAACUAAGUUCAGUAUUAUGAGGGACACAUGAAGACCUGUCAUUUCAAAGCAGAAACAGCAGUUUGGCUCUUCUCUCUGAGGAAUGCCGUCAUUUUGUUCAGAAGAUACCUCUGAUCAUAGAUCUGGGACUUACAGUCCUAAUGGAACCCUAAAACUGACAUUUCCUGGAAGUGCAGAAAUAUGACACCUGCUAAGAAAAAGACAGCCUUAGUCCACCAAAAGUUUGACCCACUAAAACAAACCCCAACUGCAGAUAGAGUUUCAGAUCUAUAGUCGUUCUCCAUUUCUUUCAAGGUUGUGUUGUUUACUUGCUGAGCAGGGACCAUCUGUUCUCCUUUGGUAUCCUCAUCACCCAAGGUUGCAGCAGCUCCAUAGAAAAGCAUCAUGCCUCCUCCACUGCUCCUAUCUUGGGGAGACAAGCUUACGUGAAACCAUUCUAGCACCAUAAUGAUGAUCAUGAUAGGAAGAUUAAGUGGAUGUGCGCCCUGAUUAAUUUCAACUGAAGGUGUGCAUUCAAAUGUGGCUGUUAGUAUGAUUACAAAGAAAAGCUAUGUGCCCGAUGCUAACUUUGCAACAGGCCUUAAACUUCUUGGUUAUCCAUCGUGCAUUUCCACCUUCAGUCCCAUAAUUCACCAUAACUCAAUUUAGGCAGCGCUCCUAUUUACUGAAGCACCUUGUUAUAUAAAUGUGCUGAUUUCCCACUUCAUUCCCCAUGUGAUGAGUGUCUGGGACAAAGUCAGUCAUAGUGGGUUGCACAGGUGACUUGGGAGCCAGAAAAAGCAUACCUGAAGGAGGCUGCAGUUUAUGCCAGUGGGAAACAAUUCUAUUAUCCAAAUGAGGCUCAACUGUCUGGCCAGUAAUAUUCAUUACAGCCCUGUCAAAUUCUGGUUUCUUUUACCAGUCAGAGAUGGUGACGCAGCUUCAUUACCAGCACUAUUUUCUUAUUGGCAGGCUCAAGAAACUAAGGGCUUCUCCACAUAGGGACUGAGAUUGGUUACUCAUGGAGGUUUGUGGGUCCUGUACACUACACUGUCAAGCCCUAGGGCCUCUCCCAUGAAUUCUGACCUUUAUCCUGGGGUGUUUUUUUUAAGACUGUGGAUAAUAAAAUGUUUAAAUAUGCCAAGUUGAAUUUCUCUGUGAAAAGAGGAAGUGGUGCUAUAAUACAGCGCCAUCCAGUGGCUGUACAAUGAAAACCUAUAGAGCUUGCAGAUAAAGGAACUCCCCUGGAAAAAGUUGUGGAAGUCAUGAAAAGGAGCGAUCUUAAUCCCACAAAGAAUACAGAAGUAAAACCCCAGUAAAACUGUGGGAUAAAAUGCCUUUGUGUAGAGAAGCUGGAGUGAUUUACCAAAGGAACAGUGCCUAACUUACACUGAUAAAUAAACAAUACUAACGUUCCUGAAGGGCAGGAUAACUGCCCAGCUUAGUUGCAUGUUGCUACAGUGCCUGUUAUUUCAUGUUACUAAUUAGUAGCGUGGACAGAAAUCACGUGCAUUCUUUGAAGUUGAUGAUCCAGCCGUGUAUUUUGAUCUUUUAAUAAUUCAUACACAGCAGCCUUUUAGGCGAUUGCCUGCACAGCUAAUGUGUGUGAAGCACGGUACAUUGACAGUUGUUUGUCUCUGUAUUGUAUGGUACAUUGACAACUGUGUGUCUCUGUAAUGUAAUGUACUGUACAUUGCUUGGUCAGCCUUCGGUUUCUUGGGAAGUGUCAAUUUUUACAUUCUUUCUGUGGCCAGGAUGGACUGUGGUCAGGAAUGACCGGGGUUGUAGUCCAAAACAUCUGGAGGGCACCAAGUUGGGGAAGACUGUUCUAGGUCCUGGCUGGUCAAUCUGUGACGCAAGAGGGAGCAAUGGCCCAGGUAGCAAGGACAGGAGAAGAGCAGAUAGACUCAGCCUGCAGUUCUGCCAGCCACUACCACACCACACAGCACUGCUGACUGCUCCCCAGGCUGAGUAGACUAGAAGCAAAGCGCCCUGAAUCAUUGGGAGCUCUAUCUGUGCUGUAUCAUUCACACUAUAGGAGCAUAGGAAGCUGCCUUAUUUGGAGUCAAACCAUGGCUCCAUCUAGCCCAGUCUUGUUGACGUUGACUGGCAGAAGCUCUUCAGGGCUUCAGGCAGGAUUAUUUUCCUAGCCCUACCUGGAAAUGCCAGAAAUCAAACCUAGGACCUUCAGCAUGCAAAACAGGUGCUUUUCCACUGAGAGGCAGCUCCUCUCCUAAGCCAUACUUUGGACUUCACUUGUAGCACACGUGCCCAAACAGUUAGCCAUUACUGCUCUAGCUUGUGGCUAUUUUCUGUGAGAAUGAUUUGUAGCUAUGCUUACAGGUUCUGUGUUGGUGGUGUGGUUUUGGCUGAUCCUUUGGAUCGUUUUAUAGGAACUGCAAGCCCAGAAAGAAUUUAGAUGGUCUGCACAUAUGGCGAGCUAGACAGCAGGUAUCAAACCCAAUUUGCAGCCGUAAACCUAUAGAGCAAGCUUGUUCCAUACAACUGUUCUUUCUCUCAUUAUAUGGCUAUCUGCUCUAGAUAUAUUACCAUGUUUCCUGUAGGCAUGAAUGAAUGUUUCCAAAUUGUGCGCAGUGGUUCCCAACUACAAAACCUGCCAAAAUUGAAAUGUGAUUAAAUUUUAUUUUCUUAACAAUUAAUUCAUAAAUAACUCUGUAAACUUUCGAUUUCUUGGAUCUAAAGGUGUGUUGCUUCACGUUGUCCUAGUGGACUGUUCAUUACAAAAUUCCUGGCUGUGGAGCUGUUCAGUUUGGUUUACCCAGCUUAGCUGCUGCUGUGCCUGACCUAACUCUCUUCUUGUGGCUGACCACCCACAAUCAAUCAUGCCUGUUUAUUGACCUUGAAGUGUGUCUAGUCCUUUGGUAAAUCACUCCAGCUUAAGUGGCCUAUCAAGAUGAGACGGUUUAACUGUUUCGCUGACUUUGAAUCCUUCGACUUUUGGCUUACUCCCACGGAGCCUUAUCCAACCCCUAGGACCCCAAACCUGUAAAGGGACAAUGGUCCCAAUUUGUCACAAGAAAUAGGGUGCCAAGUGUCCUCUUUUACAGAGGACAACCCUCUAUUUGAAUGGCUUCUAGAAGACUGUCUACAUUGGAGGCAUCUUCUAUUUAAAAGGCUGUCCAGUUCAGGUCCAGUAUAAAGAACCACCAGAAGGAACAACUGGGCCUUGAAAUUGCCCAGUAACAGUUCCUGGACAGCAGACCGAGCACUGCACACAGGUCACUUUGUCUUCCACAUUAUGAGAUAUCCUGUAUUUUUAUUUAAAUGAUAAUUACUUCUAAAUUUGCAUCUAUGCCUAUAAAUUAGUAUGUGCAAAUUUUAUGCAUGUCUAUUCUCUUUUGACCUCUUAUUUGGUGAUUCUUAUGUGGCCAACCUACCCGUGUUUCUGCCAGUCUACCAUGCCAGUUACUGGAGGACCUAUACUAACUGCAGAGACAUCAUGUGACUUGGAUAGGGGCCAUAGCUCAGUUGUAUAGCACACAGCUGGCAGGCAGAAGGUCCCAGGUUUAAUCCCUGGUAUCUGCCGCAAAGCAGAGGGAGCUGCUGCCAGUCAGAAUCAACAAUGCUGGAGUAGAUAGACCAAUGGUUCAAGGCAGCUUCGUAGGUUCAUAAGAUUUACACCAGACCUCAGACUUACAAGAUCUUCUUUGUUCUUUACUAGAAUCCAGAGAUCCCCCAAUCUCAGCUGGGUGCAAAAUGGUGGCAGGAGGCCAGGCAUACUUUUAGAAUUAAGAAACAUGGUACUUUGGAGCACGUACUCAGCCCAGGAAUUGCUUUUUGAUACUGGAACUGUGCUCACAGACCACUCCUGGUCCUCCCUCCAGCAGAUCGCCCAACUAUCUACCUCCUUCCCACCUCUAAUGUACUUGAUCUGGAUGUGAUGAACCCCAUGUUGGUAUGUCCUUGUCAUGUCACAGAAGGAGCUGAUGCAAGAUCAAUUGUGUCAUACAAUUCCUUAUUUACGAUGCUCACAAGGCAGCAUAGCUUUUACUUUUGUAUUGGACCUGCAAGACUCACUAUUGCCCAUGCACUGAAAUUAGUGGUGCAAAUGGUUAAAGAAAAUGCUGUGUCUGACUUCUGCCAUGUUAGAAAUAGCGGACUUUUGGGGGGGAAUCCGUAAUCUUGACUCUUAAGUUGUCAACUAGAGGUACAGUUCUGGGUAUUUUCUUGUGCACUGCCAACCCUUCUGCGACGUGAACAUAUUUAUGUUUGUAAUGAUGUUUGAACACCUAAAAUAAAUGGUCUGAGGCCAGUAUAUCUAAUAGACCAUCUCCUUCCAUGUGAACCUACUUGCUCACUCAAGUCUUCAACACCACUUUGAGUUCGGUGGGUUAGCACACAGGAUAGGGACUUCUUGGUUGUGGCACCCAGGUUAUGGAGCUGUAUCCUAAGAAGCUCAUCUGACCUCCACUCCCUGUUGGUGUUCAAAUGCCAGAUAAGAACAAGGCUAUUCCGGUGUGCUUUUGGCAUAAUUUAAGUUUUCUUCUCCCUCUAGUUUAUGUUUAGGCCUGGAUUGUUGUUGUUGUCCUUCCCUGUUUUGUAUCUUUUUGUAUUAUGCCAUUUAUUAUUGUUUUAUUGAUCUUGUUUUUACUGUUGAUUGUUUUCUACAUUGGAGCACAUAUAUGUGGCUGGUAAGGCAGGGUACAAAUAGUUUAAUUAAUAAAUACAGGAGUGUGAUUGUGUGGUCAGGAAGGCACCAUGUUUCUCCUACUGCUAAUGUCACGGGCUUUGAGAACCUCCAUGAAAGCUUCAUUGCCCACACUGCUGCUGUAAUUGAUAACACUUUGAAGCCCGCUGAAUCAGGAAUCCAUGAGGCUGAAGGACAAAAGGCAGUAUUGAUUGAAAUAAUCUUGCAACCAUCACAGAAUCAGAAUGAAAGCCACAUACUAAUGGAAUUCAGAGCUUCUUUUCCUUCUGACCUUUUAAGAAGGAGGAGGAGGGCCCCGUUUUCUUUGUUUUCCUGCAGUUGUCACUUGGCCCUUUUGUUUUCUCAGCAUUGCGUUUCCUAAAAUAGAUGGAGACGCUGAGAAUAAUUGUAAUUUAUUUGUCUCUAGCCUUGACACAGAGAUAAUGGGAGAAAAACAAAUUUAGCUUUUUAAUUGGCUGGUCAAGCCUCUUUCACAUAAAUGGGAGUAUUAUCUGGAUUAACUAGAUGGUAAAGGGAGCCUGUAUUUUUAUUUCUACAGAGGGGUUAGAAGAAUUUUAUGUAUCUGUGCAACUAUAUGAACACUGUGAAUAUGCCUUCUGUGAAGGAUUCAGAAAUAUCAUUUGGGUGUUUUGAUUUAUAUAUUGCUAGUCUUGCUAAUGGCUGCUUUUAUUAUUUUCUUUCUUUCCUCUGUAACUGGGAUUUACGUAUAUGUUCAUCAACUGAAAAAAUAACUAAAAUGUAAUGCGUCAGAAA